AUGCUCAGUCUUCGCAGCGACACGUCGCCUGUCUUUGCCGAAGCGCUCCGCUCCUCGGGCCUUGUUCUCUUCACGUUCAAGGGUACCCUCUCACCCUUACCUAUCCUAGCACAUGCACUGACUCUCACACAGCAACUAGAUCGCCCACACCUCGACCCUGUGCAUUCUUCAGACCUACCUGUAUACAACCCCGCACUCCAACCUCUUGAUCGAUUAGAAUCCCCUGACACCCCUCGGAGUGGUGGUAUACGAGACCAACUGCGAAAAUGGCACCAGGAGCAUGGCCACCUGCACAAGGACAUCAGCAACGAAUACGAUGUCGAUGCCUCGGGCGAACAAACAAACAACUUCACUCGUUUAGGCGAUGUUGACAAUUUCCGCCGUCCCGACGAGCAGCUCGAGAACGAACGUGAAGACUCCUCUCAUCUAUUAAGUCCUACUGACUUUGAAGAAUGGGAUCCACACCAUCGUUUCUUGCGCAAGGGCGACCUGGUUCCUGCACAAUCUCAAUUCUAUACCAUCAACGGAAAAUGGCUCCACGCCGUCGAACGAAACAUCCAGCACGUUGUCACCGACUUUGUGCCCUCGAGCCUUGUCGACCCUAUCCUAUCGUAUCUCCCCGAAUCUGGUAUCACCGAAGAGUUGCUGGACAGAGCACAAAUGUUCGAUCUUAGUGUCCCUAGAGACGUCUCGGCUCCUUUAGUUACCAAAAUGCUCGGGUUCCAGAGGACAAGCGAAGAGAUUUACCGCCAGAACGCAACCACUCUUGAUGGCGCUCAUAGGUCCUUGGCUCAUCCCACCGAUCUCAAGUUUGGCACUCUCGAUUUGAUAGCCGCCCGACUCUUGGGAAAGGACAAGGACGAAGUCAUCUCGCAGGAAAAGAUUUAUGCCGUCCGUAAAGCCCUCUCGAGAGGAGGCUUUGCUUUUGGUCAUGAUCGAAGAAGUCAUCGCAUCACUGGCUUUAUCCAAAUUCGAUCCAAGGACCAAGUGGCAAACGUUGAAAAGGUGCGCAAUUGGCUUAGAGCAUGGCAAGAUGAUUUGGCAAUCUUUGCAGCGGGCAAAUCUGCAAGCCACCAAUUCUCGCAGAGAGGCCAAUACGUUGUCAACUUUAUCAACAAGGCGAAAUCGCUGAUUGAGAAGAGUCGUGAACUCCGUGAAGUUACUCUUUUCGGUGGUCUGGGCAUCAGCAAAACACGUUUUGAUAUCAACAAAGGAGACGUACUGAAAUAUGAGCUGACAACCGAAUUUGACGAUUACGACCGUGAGCUGAUCAAGUUCUUUGAGGCAUGGGCAUGCUCUAGCUUAUUCCUGGGUCUUCCUCGUAUCGAAGCCUUGCCUCCUCUUAUCCUGCAAGCGACCGGCAUGUAUGAAGAGCACAAGCUGGACCCGAGGACCGGCUUCAUCUUCCUGCAAGAGAUUGGUGUACUAACCCCUCACGACAAUCGAGUUCGGUUCGACAGCCAUCUGCUCCUGCCUUCUUCGCAGCACUCUAAACCCCUUGAGCAGCUCAUGACCAAAGUCAUCUCAAUGGCCGAAACCCCUGGCUUUGUAGAUUCAAUGGCGCAUCUACGCAAAGACUGGGGUGAUCUGCCUGUAUUUUGUAUCGAUGGCGAGGGUGCUCAUGAGAUCGAUGACGGUCUCUCAGUGGAAGAUGCUGGUGAGGGUGAACACUGGGUCCACGUUCACAUUGCCAAUCCGACCGCAUUCUUCGACCAUGACAAUCCUCUUGCUAAGAUGGCACGCCAUAUGACUGAGACUAUCUACAUGCCGGAGCGUGCUUUCGUCAUGUUGCCCAGGUGGUCGACCAAGAGCCAUUUCAGUUUGCGGGCCCAACGCCCUGUCUUGACUUUCAGUGCCAGACUGAACUCCGAAGGCGAAACGAUGGAGCAGAAGAUUCAGCCUGGCUUCAUCCGGAAUGUCAAGUUCAUAAGUCCAGGCGAGGCAGCCCAGGUCGUCGGUGUUGCGGAUGGUUUGCAUCCAGAUGUUGUCCUAAGAGUUGGUGGUGAACUGCCCCAUCGUGAACCGAAGAAAACAGCCAGGUCUCUGCUCGAACACGAGGUCGAGAUGCUGAAGAAACUGCAACUGCUUGCCGAGAAACGUCAGACAAAGCGUCGUAUGGCUGGAGGUUUGUUCCUCGACUCGAACCGGCCUGAGAUAAGUGUUUGGCAUAAUCCUAGACAUCCUGGGCUUCCGUGGGAGCACCCAUCCAGAGUCAAAGCACGGUACGUGGAAGGCGAUCCCAUUCUCGAAUAUCGCACGAAACCAUUAACUUCGUGGUUCUCUUCUGGCGAAGGAGUUUCUGACAUUCUUGUUCGUGAGCACAUGCUUCUAGCAUGCGAGAUUGGUGCAUCGUGGUGUGCAGAACGUGGCAUCCCCAUCAUCUAUCGAGGAACCCUGAUCGACCCGGAAACCAAUGACGCAAAGAGGUUUUAUGACGAGGUACUGGCUCCAGCCACAGAGAAGAACAACGGCGAAGCUCCAAUGCAUCUCGCCAUUGAAUACCUCUCAAACUCUGGUUCCACUGUCCUGACAACCAAGCCCUUACACCAUCGCGUCCUUGGUAUAUCCCACUACAGCAAGGCUACAUCACCGCUUCGUAGAUAUGGUGAUAUGCUUCUACAUUGGCAGAUCGAAGCAGCUCUGCGUGAAGAAGCAAAAGCAGGCGGUCAACUCAACUUUGGAGGCGAAAACCAGGGCCUGCUGCCGUUCUCAAAUGAAGCUCUCCAGACGAUAGCAAAGGGACUACAACCCCGCGAGUCCAUGAUUCGUCGCGCUACCACCUAUGCUGAGGAGCACUGGCAGGCUCAAGUCUUCUUCCGUGCCCACUACUACAAAGAAUGCGAGCUACCGGCUACCAUGAACGCUUACAUACACAUGCAGCCCAGCACUCAAAGGCCUGAGUUUGCUGUCAUCAUCAAAGAAUUCAGUCUCGCCGCUACCAUGAGCCAACCACAAGCCUAUAAUCUUGGGGAUGCCAAGCCAGGUGACACGUGGGAGUGUGAGAUUGAGAGUGUUGAUGUCUUUACGCGAAGGAUUUUGUUCAAGCCUAUGCGCCUUGUUGACCGUUGGGAAGGAUAG